UCCCACCAUGUCUCAAUCCUUCAACACUACUUCAAAGUUUUCACCUUUAAUCCCCAAAACCAACACUUUCUCUUUUCCCAUGACAACCCCUCCUUGUUCCAACUUUGAUGGACAAAGUAAUGGCGACCAACCCUCGUCGAGUUCGCGUUGGAAUCCGACGCCGGAGCAGCUGUUGGCACUGGAGGAACUCUACCGACUUGGACUGCGGACGCCGACUGCCACACAAAUCCAGACGAUUGCCGCGCGGCUACGUAGGUUUGGGAAGAUUGAAGGGAAGAAUGUCUUCUACUGGUUUCAAAACCACAAGGCAAGAGAAAGGCAGAAACGCCGCCGUGGAGUAUUAGAAACUGCUUCUAAAGAUGAGGAAGCAGAAGAACAACGUGAUGUUCAUGAUGAAACCUUGGGAAAGAGAGAAACAGGGUUGAGAAGGACAGGUUAUGAAGCUGAAGAGACAAAGACCAGGGGACCUCCUUCGAACAGCACUAGACAUUCAGAGGGAUCUACAGCAGCAACUGCAGAAAGUGGACCAAAUGGGUGGAUACCAUUGCAGGAGAGGGAAUUACAUCAGAAGAGAAAGCAAACCCUAGAAUAUAAUUUGUCUUAUUCUCCUAUUUCCUUCAUAAACCUCAUCAACACAACUCCAUUAGACCUUCUAAAUUCUUCACCUAAGUCCAUCCACGAGAACUUUACCAAUCUUGAAGAAGAAAACAGAGAAGAUCAGACCCUGGAGCUGUUUCCUCUUCAAAGCAGCAUACGUGAUCAAACCGGCAUUAACUUUGGGAAGAAACUAGACACCCAAUUUCACAUCACAACCAUAAAUCGCCACACCAACUUCACCCCAAACCAGUAUAUUGAGUUCCUCCCUCUCAAGAACUAAAGAAAGUAGCAGAGGAAGCAGCGCUAGGUAGCCUGUGGUUAGAAUUAAUCGAUGCAGUGGAAUUUAUUACAAGAUUUCUAUUUCUGCAAAGGAAGUUAAUACAUUUUAGGUUGUCUUUUUGUAGGAAAGUAGUGUUUGUGUCAUGCAUGGUACAAGUAGGAUAAUGAACAGCAAGUGUUAUG